UUAUGUGAUCAGCUUCCUUCCUUUCAAUUUAUAAUACAUUUAAGGGAGGCAUGUGAUGUUUCCAUAUGGAGUGAAGCUGUUGAUGUGAAGAUAUUGAGAUGUUUAAUAUUUGGGAGAAAAUUCAUAUCAUUGAGAUGGUUCCCAACACCUUAAAUAAUAUGCACAAAGAGUGAUGGUUUGAAAAAUCCUAAACUCCCAAAGAGUUGUCAUUUGUGUCCCCUCAUCUUAAUAAAUGUGCCAGUCCUGUCAUGUAGGCAUGCCACUCGUGUUUCAAAUUCACCUGGAGUUUAUGGGUUCUUUUCAAUUAAUAAUCCCAUUGAGAUCCAGUGAUUUUACAGGACAAAGCGUCCCAGCGUGUUCAUCAAACAAGUCACACAGAUUUUGGACAGAUAUCAUGAAACGUGGAGGUGUCAGUUUGAACCUGAAGCAAAAAAGACACAACAUAUUUAUGUUGUAAAAUGGUCUAAAAGAAUGUAAGUAAUUUUUUUCCUGGUGACGCUUAUGUAUUGCACUUUUUGUUGAAAUAAGAAUCGCAGGAACAAUCCACCACUGAUUACUACAAUUUGCAGAUGAUUCAAUUAAUCCGGGAUGUAAUCCAGCCAGCCUGGAUGCUGUCUUAUAAAUCCCCACACAAAUGUUUUAUUUGGACUAAGAGAAGUAUUCAGUUUAUAUUGUAUACAAUACUGCAUUGGGUAAACAAUUUUUUGCAUGGUUAUGGUUGUUGAAUUUCUUAAUCGAUUUGGAAAAGCAAUCACAAUGCUAUAAAGAAUAAACAAUGAUUUGGUGUUACAAUUGUUGAUAGUUAUUAUAUGCAUAAAUAAUGUAAACUGGAAUUUUCUGAUACAUUAAAAAAUAUAUAUAUUCUAUGGGUUGAAGAAAAAUCGAUGGCUCCAAUAAAUAGGCAAAAUAUUUUUGCACACAUUUAUUUAAUGCAGCUCAUAUUUUAAUUGUACUAAGGGGUGUUUUACGGAUAACCUAGUAUGUAGUAUUAUUUAGGCCUACAGUAUAUGAGUUACAAUUGAAGCCAAAAGGAUAUUUGAUAUUUAUAUAAAAUAUAGUAUAUCUGAUAAAUUAUUAUACUGUAUUAAACUCGGAUAAACCGUACUCGACCAACCACACUCAGAAAGCUAUGGCUACAUCAGGCAACCAAUAGUUGAAGAGAGUGGGUGGGGCUAGUUGUUAGACGCAAUCAUAUAGGCUACGCGGAGUAUCAAUCAAUUAGCGACAUGGCGCUGGAUAUAUAACGGUUACCAACAUAGCUGGUAACAAGAUGGCUAAAUAGCGAUACAUUCGCGGUUAGGAAAUAAAAUAAGGACGUAAAGUGAGGAAAAUUUGCACGUUUAGUGAAUACAAGAUGCUCUCACAGUGCUUUAAAUGAAAAUAAUGAACGCUGUUUCGUGAAGACAACUUGUCAGUGACUCUGAUGCCAUCAUGGAAGGAGGUCAUUAUGUCACCAUUCAUGGCCAAAACAUUACCCACAAUCCUCUGGCAGCACCAGCCAUGUCCAUCGAAAGGCUGUUCCCGGCGCUGCUCGAGUGCUUCGGCAUCAUUCUGUGCGGCUACGCAGCAGGCCGCAGUGAGCUCAUCAGCACGGGACAGACCAGGAGCCUGGGCAGCUUCGUGUCAUGCUUUGCACUUCCGGCGCUGCUCUUUAGAAACAUGGUACAGCUCCAGUUUGGCAACGUGGUGUGGUCGUUCCUGUGGAGUGUGCUGAUCGCCAAGGUGUGUGUGUUUGCGCUGGUGUGUGUCCUCACGCUGCUGGUGGCGAGUCCAGAAGGUAGGUUCGGGAAAGCGGGGCUGUUUGCCAUCUUCGCCACGCAGAGUAAUGACUUUGCACUUGGAUAUCCGAUAGUGGACGCUCUGUACCACAUUUCUCACCCUGACUAUACACAGUACCUGUAUUUGGUGGCUCCGGUGUCUCUGAUGCUGCUGAAUCCGGUGGGUUUCGCUCUGUGUGAGCUCCAGCGUUGGAAGCAAAGCCCUGACCACAACCACAGCAAGCUGUACAUCGUCUCUACUGUCCUUCUGCGUGUGGCUAAGAAUCCGAUCGUGUUCAUGGUUCUGGUCGGGAUUGUCUCUCACUUCCUGUUUGGUGGGCGUGUCCCUCUGUUGCUAGGGGAGUUUGUGGAUGGAUUAGCUGACUCGUUCGGAGGGGCGGCGCUCUUUUACCUGGGCUUGACGAUGGUGGGGCAGAUGGGUAGAGUUACCCGCUCAACAGGAGUCACCCUCAUUUUGCUUCUCACGGCUAAACUCCUGUUGAUGCCGUUGAUGUGUAAAGACAUGUUGGAGCUGUUGGAUGCCGGCAACUCCAGUUCUGCGAACCACACUAGUCUGUCGGACUACGCUUUCCUGUACGGCAUCUUCCCCACUGCGCCCAGCGUGGCCAUUUACGCCACUCAGUAUAACAUGCAGCUGGAGGUGGUGACCUCCGGUAUGGUUAUCAGCACGUUACUGUCCGCGCCCAUUAUGUACCUGUCGGCAUGGUUACUCUCCAUCCCCUGGAUGGAGGCAACGCACCUAAUCUCUGAGCUGCAGGAGGUCAGCUUCAACAUUAGCAUCAUCAGCAUCAUCGCACUGGUGUGGACAGUUGCCAUCAUGGUGCUCAGCAAGAAGUUCAAGAGGUUGCCUCAUAUGUUCACAACAAACCUUUUCCUCGCUCAGGUGGGUGUACACAGCCACACAGCUUCCUUGCAUCUCCUCCUUACUUAUCCCCUGUUAUUUUCAUACUCUGUCUCUGUGUGUGUGUGUGUGUGUGUGUGUGUGUGUGUGUGUGUGUGUGUGUGCGUGUGUGUGCGCGUGCGUGUGUGUUUCCUCUUGCAGCUCUUGGUGUGUGUGUCGAUGAGCUUGUGGAAGUUUGUGGUUCAGCAGGAGAAUGUACUGGGACAGAUCCUCACUUUCACUCUCCUCUAUGGAGCGCUGUAUAGCACCUACGUUUGGACAGGUUUGUUAGCGUUCUCGCUCGCUCUGCUGAAGAAGAACGAACAGCUCAAAGUUCCACCCGUCAUCUUCAUCCUUCUCGGCUGGGGCCUGCCGUUUCUGAUUGUGGCCUUGUUGCUUGCGGCUGGUGAGAGAGUGAGUGACACUGCUGACGCCACUUUCUUCUACGGCAAGGGGCAGAUCAUCAGCAGCGUGGUGGUUUCGAGCUGUAGCAUCCUUCUUGGUGGAGUGUCUCUGAUGGGCCUCAGUCAUGGUUCUCAGGAGGAGCAGAAUUACCAGGUCCUGGAGCAGAACUCGAUGUCGGACACCACAGAGGACGUCAGAAUCCCGGCUCGACCCAAGGAUCGUGGUUCAGCCGAGUUCAUGCCGUCACACAGCAGUACGAACAGAGGUCAGGAUGACCCCAUGCCUGAUACAAGAGCAGACCGUCUGAACGACACACCAGCACCACCAACAGGUGUAGCACUGACUGAAGCAUCCGAGUGCAUGCGUGUACAGGAGGAGAGACAGGUGGCACGUCAUGUGCUGCUCUGUCUUCUGCUCAUUGUCAGCCUGCUCGCAAACCUGUCCAGCUGCCUCUGGUGGCUUUUGAACAGCGAUCCUGGACGGCUUUACCUUGAGCUGCAGUUCUUCUGUGCCGUGUCCAAUUAUGGACAGGGUUUAAUAUCUUUCGGGAUGUUCGGGCUGGAUGAACAUCUUAUAAUUUUACCGUUUAAAAAGAGGCUGGCAGCACUGUUGGGUGGAGCGCAGGAAGCUAGUAGAGCUCCAUCCACCGUUCCUGAAGAGAUACGGCUGACUUGCACGCAGUUCGUCCGCUACCAUAAAAAUCAGUGUGUGCAGGACAUUGUACACAAGCGAAGGUGUGCUGCUGGUUGCUUCCUGGGCACUGAGCUUGUUGAUUGGCUACCUCGUGUAGGUGUGGUCAGAGACAGAAUCACCACCUUUUUGUGUGGGGUUCAGCUGCAGGAGGGCGGAGUCACUGAACAAGUCACGCGUCAGAUUCGGUUUCUGUGACGAUGGGGCAAUCGUAUCGUUUCUCAGAAGAGGCAACCAGGACGUCACCACACGCAUCGUAACAUUCGUAUUCGUUUCUUCUUCCAACAGAAAUUGCAUUCUAUUGCAUGGUGUGCCAAAGGUAAAGGAGAAUCCACGUUUCUUUUAUUAAUACUAAUAAUCCUUCCAGGAUGUUUUUUCCAGCAGUGUUUUGGUAUUGCCAUUGUGCAAAGUUAGCAUGAAAAUAGAUUAGAGUUCAAUAAAUUUCCUUUACAAGAGUUCACGUUAAGGUCAAGGCAAACGUCCUGCAAUUUCACAAUGUGUGGCAGAAAUUGAUGAUGAACAUGUAAUAUAUGUAUAAUCAUGUUUACAAGAUGAGUGGCUGACCAUAUAGACUCAUGUGAGGGUUGUGAUAUCAAGUCUGAAUCUGUACUGGAAUCUGAGCUUUCCAAACUUAACGUCAUGCAUAUAGCACAAAAUUCAUGCAAAAGACAACCGCAAUUCCGAAAAAGUUGGGACAUUAUGGAAAAUGCAGGAAAAAAAAGUCAUUUGAAAAUUCAGUUCACACUGUACUAUAUUGAAAACACAUUUUUGAUGUUUUUCUUUGUGAAUUUAAUUUAUUUUUGAAAAUAUACACUCAUUUCAAAUCUGAUGACUGCAGCACACUGCAAAGUUGGGACAGUCGACUGUUUACCACUGUGUAACAUCACCUUUUCUUUAAAUAACACUUAUUAAGUGUUUUGGACUGAAGACACCAGUUUGUUACGUUUAGCAAGCAGAAUUUUCCCCCAUUCAACCAUUAUACAUUUCUUCAGCUGCGCAACUGUACAGGGCCUUCAUUGCCUUAUUUUGCGCUUCAUAAUGCGCAACACAUUCUCAAUCAGAGACAGGACAGGACAGGACUGCAGGCAGGCCAUGCUAGCACCCGCACUUUCUGCUUACACAACCAUGUGCUUGUAAUCUGGGCAGAAUGUGGUUUGGCGUUGUCCUGCUCUGGAUGGCAGCAUAUGUUACUCCAAAACGUGUACAUAUCUUUCUGCAUUAAUGAUGCCCUCACAGAUGUGCAAGUUACCCAUGCCAUGGACACUGACACACACUAUACCAUGACAGAUGCUGGCUUUUGGACCUGAUGCUGAUAACAGCUUGGAUGGUCCAUUUCCUCUUUGGCCCGGAGAACACGACAGCCGUUUUGUCCAAAAACUAUUUGAAAUGUCACUCGUCAGACCACAAAACACGAUUCCACUGUGUAACUGUCCAUCUCAGAUGAGACCGAGCCCAGAGGAGUCAGCGACAGAUGUGUGUCUUCUGCUUUGCAUAGUAAAGCCUUAACUUGCAUCUGUGGAUGCAGCGGCGAAUGGUGUUGACUGACAAAGGUUUACCAAAGUAUUCCCGAGCCCAUGUUAGGAUAUCCAUUACAGAUUCAUGACUGUUUUUAAAACGGUGACAUCUGUGGGAUUUUCGGCCUUGCCCUUUACACACGAAAUUUGACCAGAUUCCUUGAAUCUUUUGAUUAUAUUGUGCUCUGUAGAAGGUGAAAUGCCCAAAUUUAUCUUUGGGAAAUGUUGUUCUCAAAGUGUUGGAAUAUUCGCUGACACAUAUGUCGGGAGAUUGGCGAGCCUCGACCCAUCUUUACUCUUGAAGGACUAGGCCUUUUUUGGAGGCUCCUUAUAUACUAUGAUUAGACGAUUGCCUCACCUAUUUCACUUCACCUUCUUAUUUCAACUUGUCACAUCGCUAUUAGUCCUAAAUUGCCCUGUCCCAACUUUUUUGGAAUGUGUUGCAUGGAUCAAUUUCAAAAUAAACGUUUACCUUCAAACAGCUAUGCAGUUGAUUAGGUAAAACAUCAAAUUCCUUGUCUUUAUACGUUUUUUGUUUAAAUACAAGUCAAAGUACAUUUACAAAAUCACUUCUCUGUUUUUAUUAGCAUUUUCCAUACUGUCCCAGCAUUUUGGGAAUUGGGGUUGUAUGAUCUCAUGUGCACAAUUUUACUUUGAAGAACCUGCAGGUAUGUGACAUUAUCAGACAAAUGUCUGAUACGGUGCUUUCUUACUGAUUAAAUGUUGCAUUUGAUCUUAGAUUUUUUUGGUGAUUUCCUGUGAGUGUAUAUUACAAGUAUACAAUAGACGUGUAGUACAGUACUGUUCAAAAGUUUUAGGCACAUGCAAAGAUGCCUUUGACAUAAUGAAAUUAAAUGUUUCUAUAUUUUAAAAAAAUACUGCAAAGAGCAGUAAACAGUAGUAAAUGAAACAAAGUCAAUAUUUGGUGUGAGAAAAAAAUGAAAAAUAGUAGUCUCUGGUACAGUGUGUGCAGUUUUAUAAGAAAAUGAGCUGUAAGUUUUAUUGAGCAUCUUGUAGAACCAGACACAGUUCUUCUGGAGAAUUUGACUUUUGCACUUGCUUCUUAUUUUUGCAGCAAAACGCAGCAGCCUUCAUUGUGUUUUUUGUCUGAAUAGUGUUCCCUUAUGUAAUAUACUUCUUUCUUUACUGACAUACAAACAUUUUUCUGUAACAUUUAAUUUUGUGCUGGGAAACUAAUGUUUGGGAAUCUAAAAUGUUUUUCGUAUUGAUUCGAUAAUGUAGAAGUCAUUAAAUAAAUAAAUAAAUAAAUAAAUAAAUAAAUAGGUUGCCUAAAACUUUUGCACAAUGCUGUAUGUUUGUUCACUUAAAUGAGGAAGUAUGCAAUUUGAAUUGCAUUGUAAUCAUGAGGUACGUUUUAAAAAUUUUUAUUUCCUCUCAUCAGGGUUGUUUUUCCUCUGUGUGUUGAAAAGUGACUGAUCUGUUCAUAAAAUGGCUGCUGCCCUACUGUCCAACUUUUACUUGCCUGAUUUUGCACGCGUUCAGUGCUAUAGAAACUGUUGUUCGUGAACAUUUAAGCAAUUGUAUAAUUUUGUGAUAUAAAUAUGCACCCAGGAUUGUAUAAUAUUGUGUGAACUGGACUGAAGAUAAAAGCCUCUUCCAGAAUCUGUGAACAUUUUUUUUUUUGUUCACGUAUAACCAGGUGUUUCUUAAAUUAUGCAAUAAAUGUGCCACAUUACAA